UUUUGAUUUUUAGUAAACAUGAGUCAAGCCUCACCUCCAUAUCCAAUUAUCUUGAUCAUGUUACUGUUAUGUUAACGCCAUGUGGCACAACAUUAUGGGACUAUGGAGACGGGCGUUACAUAUAGGGGGACGCCCCCGUGUCUCUUCGUCAAGACGCAGAAAGACUCUUCAGACAAACACACCAUUAUGUUGAAAUUUGGCGUGAUCGUGCUUUUUCAAGUUUAUCUCCCAACAGCUGUGGCGGAGACAUGUGCCGCUUGUAAAGCUACGUAUGAUACAGACAAGCCGGCUGCCGUAGAUGAAGCAGCAAAAUGCGCUGUGCUUGCGACAUAUUUGCACUGUCUGGAGGGGUCAGGGAAAGACGACGCCGGGUGUCCGCUCGUAACUGCUGACGCCGACGCCAUUGAGUUUGAUUAUUCCGACUUUUCUUGUAGCGGGAAAGCGGCAUUUACGGACACCUGCAUAUGUCAGAAGGAAUUCUGGAAGACCGAUCAAAGUGCUGGUAAUGCAGCCAUCUGCAGGGGAAGACAGCAUUGGCCUGUGAUGGCUCCACUACUGUAGCAGCUCUUGCUGCUGGCGUAGAGACCAGGAUAACAGCUCUGGGAAGC